AUGGAUUCAGAUCAGGGCGCACAUGUCGAAGAACAGCACAAGCCAGACCCAACACCGAAAUGGACUUCCACAACGCCAUACAAUGAGCUUCAGCCUGGCCAAAUACGGUUGCUCCAAGUCGAAGCCAAAACUUCCGGCUCCCAUCGUCCACUAAGCUGCACGCUGACUGUUCACAACCUGGAUACUGCUCCACCGUAUACAGCCUUAUCGUACACCUGGGGCGCACCUCAUCGGAAUAUCAACAAAUUGCGCAUAGAUACGCCAAGUCUAUCACGACAGCUGAAGUGCAAUGGGAACGAUGGCAGGGUCGGUGAAAAUCUCUAUGACUUUCUUGCUCACUGCGCGCGUGAUACUGUCCAUGGUCUAAGUGGUUAUUGGUGGAUCGACGCUUUGGCUAUCAAUCAAGCAGACAUACAAGAGCGCUGUGAGCAAGUCAAGAUCAUGAGCGCCAUCUACCAAAGGGCGACCAGAGUCGUGGUCUGGCUUGGGCCGGACGAUCGAUACACUAAACCUGCUGUCGAACUGAUGCAUGGCCUGCUUCAGCUCGAAAGAGAAACUCGACUUAGCCUACACCACACAGAGGUUAGAGAGGGUCAUUCAAACAGAUUCCUGGACUCGAACAACUGGCAAGCGCUAGCACGAUUCUUCCAACGAGAGUGGUUCAACCGCGCGUGGAUACAGGUUGGACACACAACCACGAAUAUAGGACACAAUACGCCUGCAAGGCUUGCAGCUGCGCAAAAGACGUGGCUUUCGAACCACGAUGACAAAUUCUUACACGCUCUUAUCCGAGCGCGCUCUUCGGAUUCUGAGAACGCGCGAGAUAAGGUGUACUCUCAAUUAGGCCUUGGGAAUGCCGAUAUAAUUCCCGAUUAUCGCGCAUCUGUCCAGGAUGCAUACAUCACGGCUGCCAAAUACAUCUUGACCAACUCAAAGAGCCUCUUACUGCUUACCUGUGUAGAAGGAGAAGACUUUCAAACAAUUCCGGGCCUGCCAUCUUGGGUACCUGACUGGAGCGUCAACAAGACACUGGGUCUUCGAGGAACCGGCUACACAGCUUUCAAGGCCGCUCUUGAUCUUCCAAAGCAACAUGAGCUCUCAAUUGACAAAAGUGGUAAGCACAUGCUGACCAUCAGAGCCACCAAGCUCGACAAUAUUUCAGAAGCUGGCGGGACGAAACCAGAACUACGCAAAAGCCCGUCAGGUCUCUGGAGAAUGCUGUCCAAACUCAACGAUGGAGAAGAAGGAGGCACGCCAUCAAAGCCCAUCAACCCCAGAUAUCCCGCAUCACCAGAGCCUCUCGGUUCGUCUUUUCGUGACUGGGUCCUCUGGAGAUAUGUCGUUACGUCCACCUUGCCACACGCCACCACAUUUCCUGUCUCAUCAAACUUACCAACGCAAGAAGAGAUCGUACAAGCACGAGACCAGAGUGUCCUCGACGCUUCUUACCUCGCAAACUUAGAACGCAGAGCGUCGUUGUUUGAUACGCAUUACUCGCAUGCGUCCUUGAUCCGGCCAUUUUCCACUGAGCUGGGAUACUUUGGCAUCGGGACGCAGUGCUUGAGGAAAGGUGAUAGUGUUUGGAUCGCCCCGGGAAGCCGUAUUCCGCUGAUUUUUCGGGCGGUUGAGGGAAGUGAGCGGUACCGAUUGGUUGGUGGAGCAUAUCUUCAUGGGUUCAUGAAUGGAGAGGCAUUGGGACGAGAGGAUGUAAAGUUUGAGAUGGUGAGCUUGGAAUGA